AUGGCCGCCAAUAUACAAGAUGUUGUCAUGCUCGUUGGCGACUCCCUCACUCAACGUGGAUGGGAGCCAGGAGGCUUUGCACAGUUACUUGCAGAACAGUACGUUCGGAAGCUCGAUGUUAUCAAUCGUGGCCUUGGGGGUUAUCAAACGGACUGGGCAAUCCCAAUUUGCGAGCAGAUCUUUGCCAAAAAGCAUGAGCAACACCACGUUCCACAGGUCAAAUUACUCACAAUUUGGUACGGCGCCAACGACGCUGCACCUGCUCCUAGUCCACAGCACGUCCCGAUAGACAGAUACAAAACGAAUUUGGGCCAUAUCAUUCAAAUGGUGAAAUCCCCAACUUCAGCAUACUAUUCCCCUGAGACCCGUAUAAUCUUGAUCACCCCACCGCCAGUAAAUACGAAGCAAUGGGACAGGCUUGAUAGUCCACGUGUAUUCGAGACUACGAGGUCGUAUGCGGAGGCUGUCAAGGAAGUGGGUGAGAAAGAGAAUGUGCCUGUCGCAGACGUCUGGACAAAGAUAUUCGAUGCCGCUGGUCAAAGUGAAGAGGCAUGCGAAAAAUACCUGAACGACGGGCUACAUCUAACCAGUGAUGGUUACACGAUCGUAUUCCAGGCCGUUAUGGACAUUGUGGAGCGCGUAUAUCCCGAAUUAGACCCUACUUGGGAAGCACAUGCGAAGAUGCAAACUGUGUUUGUACCGUGGGACCAAGUGAACGUACAGAAUCCAAUACCAUCUCUGAUGAAACGGAAGGCACAACUUUAG